AUGUUUAUACAAGGAACAAUCAAGAAAAAAUUUAAAUCAGAUCCAGAAUUAAAUAAUCAAUUAUGCAAACAAAUUGAUCAUUAUCUUGAAUUAGAUAAAUGUCAUCGCUCGAUAGCUAAUUAUGAUAAUGUACGAGGAAUAUUUUUUCAAGUACCAGGCUCGAAACCUUUAACUUUACAAGCUAUUGAAGGAGAAAUUAAGUAUAAAGUUCAAUCAUCACUUGAUAUGGCUUAUGGUGUAUUACAUCAACGUAAUAUUAAAUUAGCAUUAACAAAAUUAAACGAUACACGUAAUUGA